AUGUCCAACCGCUUCGCCAAGCCCUCUGUCCUCAUCGUCGGCUCCGGCGAGUUUGGCUCGACGACCGCCGUCGAACUCCUCCGUUCGGGCAACUACUCGAGCGUCACCGUCCUCGACCGCCUGCAGACCAUCCCUGCCGUCGACGCGGCGUCGACCGACAUCAACAAGGUUGUGCGCUUCGACUACGCCGACGAAGAGUACGCUGUCCUCGCGCACGAGGCCAUCCAGCGCUGGCUCCGCCCCGAGUGGAAGGGGAUCUACUUCAACACCGGCUGCCUUGUUCGUGGCCUUACCGACCCCCAGUCGCAGCGGAUCUACCAGAACUCACUUGCGCUCGAGCCGCGUACCCGCCUCCUCCAUGACCCCGAGGAGAUUCGCAAGGUCCUCUCUCCGUCUGGCAAGGCUGUGGUUGGGGAGAAGAGCCUCAUCAAGAGCUUCCACAACCCUCAGGGCGGGUGGGUGCAUGCUUCGGGCGCUAUCAACAAGCUGUACCGGGACAUUGACUGGCUUGGCGGCAAGAUCGUCACUGGUGCGGACGUUACCGAGCUCAUUAAGAGCGAUGAUGGCUCGGAUGUCGUCGGUGUUAGGUGUAGGGACGGGCGCGAGUUCCGCGCCGACAAGAUCAUCAUGGCCAUGGGGUCGUGGACUGGCGCCCACCCCGCUCUGAGGGGCGUGUUCCCAGACAACCUCCUGGUGCCGACGGGCCAGACGGUCGCCGCGGUCCAGCUCACGCCGGAGGAGCACGCACGCUACGCCGACAUGCCAACAAUCGCCAACCUCGAGGGUUCGGGCUACUACCAGUUCCCUCCCAACCAGACGGGUCUCGUCAAGUUUGCCCUCCACGCCGGCGGCUAUGUCCUCCCCUCCAACAUCCCUCGCACGGCUGCGGACCCCAAGGCGGUCGAGUUUUCGGAGAAGAACCGCGUCGGCUGGAUCCCGCGCCAGAGCUUCAAGAACAUGCGCGACAAGUUUGCCGAGCUCUGGCCCGAGCUCGCCAAGAAGCCCAUGGCAUACACCCGCAUGUGCUGGUACUCUGACACGCCCGACGGUAACUGGGUCAUCGACUUUGCGCCCCAGUACCCCUCGCUCCUUAUCGCUUCAGGAGGUGCGGGUCACGCGUUCAAGUUCCUCCCGGUUAUGGGCGAGCUCAUUCGCGGCCGCCUCGAGGGUCACCUCCCAACCAACCUCGUUAAGAAGUGGGCCAUCAACCGCGAAGUGCCAUUGGUUGACCUCGACCGUGAUGGUCGUCCCGGUCGCCAGCCCCUGGUUCUCGGCGACCUUACUACGCUCGAGGAGCUGGGGCCGCUCGCUCCCAACGCGGAGAAGCGCGAGUCGCGGUUGUAA